UGCAGAGACGCGCCCAAAGGACAUUGCAAAAUGCAAGCGAAUCACCAACCGCAUGGUCGGCCUCCCAGUGCUACGGUCAUUCCACCGCAAGUCUCAGUUCGUCCGUGUUUCCCAGUACACGCCAGCAGACGUCGAGUUCAUUUCUGAGCGAGUGCGUGCGGUCGCGCAGAAUGGCCAUGCUGAUAUUCCCGUCCGCCACCGACGAGGUUGAAGUCAAAAUCAGGCGCAUCCAGCAGCGCACUCGUGAGCAGCUUGCCCUCGCUGAUUGGGAGCUGGCUCCUUUGUAUGUCGACAAGGACGAGCUGACUGCUGACGAGUUCUCGCUGGUUUGGAGGCGUGGCAUUGUUGUGGUGGUCCGCGGUCUUUUGGAUACACUCAAGGGCAAGAUCUGGAAGCCAGAGUGGUGGAUUAAGAAUUUCGGCGACGAGCCAGUGCAAGUCCUCGACUGCAAGCGCAAGGGGGAUCUUGUGGGCGAGUGGCCGCUGAAGGAUUUCUACCGUGCCUUUGACGGGGACGAUGAGUACAGCAGCCUGUUUGAGGAGUCAGAUGGCUGGGAGAAGCGACUGAAGCGCAUCAAGCGGAGCAUUUUGAAGCUAAAAGACUGGCCGCCUACUGAGGGCUUUGAGGAGCGUCUGCCGGACCAUUUCAGAAAUUUCAUGGAGGCGCUGCCAUUCCACGACUACACCAGCCGUGGAGGCAAAUACAAUCUGGCGAACCGGCUUCCCGAGGAAUUUGUUCCGCCUGACCUCGGCCCAAAGAUGUAUUGCGCGUACGGGUCCAGCGACCGCGAGGGCGGUGUAGGCACAACCAACCUGCACUGCGAUAUGGCCGACGCUGUCAAUAUCAUGGCAUAUGCGUCGAAAACGUUUUUGGCUGAAAACGAUAUUAGUGUUCCGGGCAUCUGGUCUGCAAGGGAGGCUGUUAAGCCGGCCGGCAGCGGUGAGCCCAGCGAAGGCGGCCCAAAGAAGGCAGCAGCAGCAGUCUGGGACAUCUAUCCACCCACGGCUCUGGAGAACCUGCGCGACUAUAUCCGUGCCAGCAAGGGCUCGCAGUGGGGUGACCCGAUCCACAACCAGGAUAGGUUCCUGACUGAGCCCGACCGCAGAAAGAUCCAUGCCCAGUUUGGCGCGAACGGCAUGUGCUAUCGCAUCUACCAGAACCCGGGUGACGCCGUAUUUGUGCCUGCGGGCAGUGCCCACCAGGUCUGCAACUACGCGAAUGCCAUCAAGGUGGCGAUGGACUUUGUCUCGCCCGAGCGCGUCGAGUUCUGCCAGAGGAUGACGGCGGACUUCAGAAAGCUGCCGUCCGAGCACUUGCGAAACAGAGACUUGCUGCAGAUCGACAAUAUCCUGCUGUGGACAUUCGCAGGCAAAGGCGCCAUGAGGGAAAAGGAGAAGCCCGCCAAGAAGCCACCCGCAGCAGCACCGCGGCCAAAGAAGGAAAAAGGAUGCGAAGCAAGCUGGUGAGCAGCCGUCUGCUGCGUCACCGGCGCCUGCCAAGAAGGCUCGCACCAGACACAAAAUGUAAAUUUGAUCAUAAUCCAGGCAAUGGCACCACAUUUUCAAU